ACAAAAGAUUUCUGUCCAUAAAUUGCCCAAAAACAAUGUAUAAAAGUAUAUUAAAUCUACAGUUUAGCACAAAACUUUAAUAAAUCACAUAAAUCAAUAAGAAAAUUUGUUAAUGUCGUCCACAACUAAAGCCUCCAACACCGCCAUGAAUGUUGAAGUUCCAUCUGUUCUAAAGUUGCUGAUGCUUCCUGAAGAGUUAAUAUUGAGCUGCUUGGUCCGCGUCCCGAGAUUGUACUAUCCGACUCUCACCCUUGUCUCCAAGAGCAUCCGCUCUCUCAUUAAUUCGCCAGAGCUUUGUAAGACGCGUUCACUUUUAGCUUGCACCGAGAGUUGUCUAUAUGCAUGGUUUCAAUUCCAAAAUGACGAGAACACACAUUGGUUUACUUUAUACCGGAACCCUUAUCAAAUCGUCGAUGAUAACUCUUAAACGAAUAAAUUAGGUGGCCAUUUAUUAGUUCCAAUUCCAUCUUUAGAUUCUCCUCCCUCAGCCAUGUCAGGUGUUGCUGCAGUUGGUUCUGAUAUAUAUGCCAUUGGUGGAAGUAUUGAUGGCGUUUCUUCGUCUAGCGUCUUCGUCAUGGACACUCACUAUCACACAUGGUGUAAGGCUCCAAGUAUGCAUGUGGCUAGGGUGUCCCCUUCUGCUAGCGUUCUUGAUGGGAAAAUAUAUGUGACAAGUGGAGGAGGAUGGGGAAAACUUGAUUAUACAAACUGGAUGGAGGUAUUCGAUACCAAAACCCGAACUUGGGAGUUUAUGCCGAGUCCUGGCAGCGAAAGCUUUGACUAUGAAAACGUGGCGUUGGAAGGAAGUAUCUACGUGAGGUCUAAUGAAAGAGGAGAGACUUUCAAGCUGAAUAAAGGUAGAUGGAGAGCGGCAGACCUAGCGUUGACUAGGGGAUGGAGUUAUAAUUGGAAAAGGUUGUUUUGUUAUUGUGUGAUAGAGAACGUGCUGUACUGUUAUAGUUCCGUAGAUCUCUAUUGGUAUGACUUUAUUGAUAGAGAAUGGAGAGAAGUAAAGCGAUUGAAAGGACGACUGCCUAUGUCUUCUAAGAAUGAUCAUUAUCGAUUGGCAGAUUAUGGUGGAAAUUUGGUGUUUCUGUGGGAAGAGCAUGUCCAUACUAAGAAUGUUCAAAACACAACGUUAGUUUGGUGCGCUGAAAUUUCAUUCGAAAGGCGCCAAAGAACGGAGAUAUGUGGAACAAUUGAAUGGUGUGACGUUGUGUUUACAUAUACAAAGCAAGGUGAUUUAAUGCAUGUUAUUGCUACUACUGCUUGAUGAAUGACUUGAAUUAGGCUUCACAAUGAAUUGAGUCAUCAAUAUUUAUUUUGUUCUUUCAAAAACGAAUUGUUGUUUUGUUUUGAAUCUGUCUAUUUUAUAGGUUUAUGCUAAUAAAAACUUCUAUUUGGUUUCGUUUUGCAAAUUUACUAUUAAUAUAUAGAAAAUGUAGAUCAGAUUAUCAAGUCGGGAUUAUUCCGUUUUAGAAAUACUGAUCGUGUAUUCAUUUUUGUAAUUUUUAUAAAGUUGAAUAUAUCUUCCAAAAAUAUGUAUUCCGUACAUUUUUAAAAAAAAUAUUAUAUGACUAGAUAGUAAUCCGCGCUGUGCGCGGAAUGAAAUAGUUUAUUAGAUUAUUCAUUGUAUAUACUAAAAAGUUGUUGAAUAGCUUUUUCUAGGGAUGAACAUUCAUAUAUACGGUCAGAUUCAGUUAAUCUAUUUGGAUUUCGGAUUUUAAGAGUUAGAAAUUUAAAUCGUAUUCAGAUAUUUAUAAAUUGUGAUUUGAAUUUGAUUUUAAUCAUUGCGGGUUCAGUUCGAAUUUGAAUUCGAGUAAACAUUUUAAUUAUGUAUUUUUUAACAAAAAUCUAAAUAUACUUAAAUACUCAAUCUCUAAAAAAAAGAUAAAACGUAACAUUUUGAAUAAUGUAAGACUAAAUAUAUAAAUUUACAUAAGAAUUCAUUCAAUUUAAAUAUUUGGAUGGAGAACAUAUACAUAUUUUCAGUAUUUUGAACAUUUUUCUAUUAUUUUUAGAUAUUUACUUGUGACUAUGUUGAUAAUUUUUAGAUAUUUUCAUACUUUUGAAUAUCUAAUAGAUAUAAAAUUUAAAAUAAUUAACAUAUUUAAGUAUAUCAUUUUGAUUUAGAU